AAGGAACAGCAACUGGAAAACAAGCAUUGCAUUGCACCAGGAUGUCUGUGAAAUGGACUUCAGUAAUUCUGCUAAUACAACUGAGCUUUUACUUUAGCUCUGGGAGUUGUGGAAAGGUGCUGGUGUGGGCAGCAGAAUAUAGCCAUUGGAUGAAUAUGAAGACAAUCCUGGAAGAGCUUGUCCAGAGAGGUCAUGAGGUGACUGUACUGGCAUCUUCAGCUUCCAUUGUUUUUGAUCCCAACAACUCAUCUGCUCUUAAAAUUGAAGUUUAUCCUACAUCUUUAACUAAAACUGAGUUUGAAAAUAUAAUUACGCAAGAGAUUAAGAGAUGGUCAGACCUUCCAAAAGAUUCAUUUUGGUUAUAUUUUUCACAAAUGCAAGAAAUCAUGUGGAGGUUUGGUGACAUACGUAUAAAGUUCUGUAAAGAUGUGGUUUCAAAUAAGAAAUUAAUGAAGAAACUACAAGAGUCAAGAUUUGAUGUCGUUUUAGCAGAUCCUGUUUUUCCCGGUAGUGAGCUGCUGGCUGAGCUAUUUAACAUACCCCUUGUGUACAGUCUCCGCUUCAGUCCUGGCUACGUUUUUGAAAAGCAUUCUGUAGGAUUUAUUUUCCCUCCCUCCUACGUACCUGUUGUUAUGUCAGAAUUAAGUGAUCAAAUGACUUUCAUGGAGAGGGUAAAAAAUAUGAUCUAUAUGCUUUAUUUUGACUUUUGUUUCCAAUUGUAUGACCUGAAGAAGUGGAAUCAGUUUUAUAGUGAAGUUCUAGUAGCUGUAAAAGGAUGUGAUGUAGUGUUAUCAAUCAUUUAUUAUGAUCAGUCUCUGAAGCCCUUGGACCAAAAACUCUUCUGGAUUGAGUUUGUCAUGAACCACAAUGGAGCCAAAGUACCCGCUGCCACCUACCCACAACCUCACCUGGUUGCAGUACUGCUCUAUGGAUGUGCUGGCCUGCUUGGCAGUUGUUUACUCUCUUUGUCAUAUUAUGUUCUUGAUUAUUAA